AACAAGUAGUGCUCAGUUUACUAUAAACAACGAUCGUAGACGGAGUCGAUAAUCGACAGUCGACAGUAGACAAAGUCACACAAGCAACCAUCCGUUCCAUUGAAAAUUUAAGUGAAUUUCUAAACAAAGUGCUUAACAUAUUAUUAAGUAAACAACUUGGCCAAAAUGCAGCCAAUAAAAUUUUAUUUCGAUUUUCUCAAUCAAUCGAGCCGUGCUUUAUAUGUUUUCAUGGAGGCAUCGAAAAUACCAUUUGAGGCGAUACCCAUAUCAAUACUGAAAGGUGAGCAUUUAACCGGCGAGUUUCGUGAUAAAGUGAGUCAAUUCAAGCGGUUGCCCGUAAUCAAAGAUGAAAAUUUCUUAUUGGCCGAGAGCGUCGCCAUUUUUCGACAUCUAAAUCGAGAGAAAAUUGUGCCCGAACAUUGGUAUCCACGCCGUAAUUUCGGGCGUAGUCGUGUUGAUGAGUUCCUUGAAUGGCAACAGCGAAAUAUGGGUUUGGCGAGCAGUAAUUACUUUAAGCAAAAAUGGCUCUUGCCUGUUCUGGACAAGACAUCUCCUGAUGAAAAGAAUAUCAAUAUUGCAACAGAACGUCUAAAUCAAUGCCUUAAAGAUUUCGAAAAUUUGUUUUUGCACAAGAACAAGUUUGUCAUUGGUGACAACAUUUCUUACGCUGACCUGAUGGCGAUUUGCGAAAUUGAUCAACCAAAAUUCAUAGGAUUCAAUCCCUUCAAUCAUCAUCCAAAGCUGUACCAGUGGUAUGAGAAAGUCAGAGAUGAGUUGGGCCCAUACUACAAACACGUGGCAGAUGAGUUUGAUAAUAAAAUAAAAACGGCUGAAAAAAAGAUACCUGAAGUUAUGUAUCUGCAGCAGUAGAACAAAUUAAAGGAAUGCCAAAUGAAGUCAGAAUGUAAAAGAUAUUUAUUUUUGUUGAGUUUCUGGUUCCGGCUGUAGAGCCUCUUUUUGUUUAUUGUUUUGUUAUUCAAAUAUAGAAUAGUGAGUAUAAAAUAUUUAAAAUACUGAAUUAACGAUCUUUGUAUAUUAUUGUACUAUAAGUUUAAGAAUUUUGAAUAGCUAAAACUUUAUAAUAUGUGACUUUUUAUACAUACAUACAUACUAUUAAGCUA